CCUCUCUUUUGUCCUGUACUCCAAUUUCGAAGAAACUGCUAAGAUUGGUCUCUUUUUACCAGCGCCACCCGCCUUGCCAAGCUUGACCCAAGAAGACGACUUUGCGAGAAAAUUUCAGAGAAUUCUAAAUCUCAAGAAAUUUUCAGAGUAACUUAAUCGGAGAGAAACCCUUCUACUCUUAAAUCUUCAUAACCGCUUCUUAGUAAUAACUAAUCAGUUACUCCAACGUCUUUGAGAAUAGCACCACCAAGUCCUUUGACUUUAUGGGUUUUGGCCGUGACAAUCGUGUAAGGUUCAAAGAAACAUUAAACACAGAGCAUGGUGGUUACGGGAGAAGAGCUAGACCAUCUCUAAACGCAGUGUUGGACAAUGUCCGUAGAGGGUUGGAGAAAGGAUCAGACAAGAUCAGGACUUUCAAGAAACCAAUGAGUUUUAGUUCACAUCAGAAGGAAGAGAAGAGAAACUCUAGUGGUACACAAAAGAAGAACAUCAUAAACCCACAAGGCUCCUUUCUACAGAACUGGAACAAGAUCUUCCUCUUUGCUUCUGUCAUCGCUUUAGCCAUUGAUCCCUUGUUCUUCUACAUUCCCAUCGUCGAUGGUGAAAGGCACUGCCUUAACUUGCACUCCAGCCUGGAGAUAGCAGCUAGUGUGCUUCGAACGUUUGUAGAUGCCUUCUACAUUAUUCAUAUUGUGUUUCAGUUUAGGACAGCUUAUGUCUCUCCUUUGUCCCGUGUUUUCGGUAGAGGGGAGCUGGUUGAAGAUCCUAAAGCCAUUGCUAUGAAGUAUCUCUCGACGUACUUCAUCAUCGAUGUUCUCUCUAUACUGCCUCUCCCACAGCUUGUUGUCUUGGCUGUUAUCCCGAAUGUCAACAAGCCGGUCUCUUUGCUCACUAAAGACUACCUGAUAGCCGUCAUAUUUUCUCAGUACAUUCCAAGGAUUCUUCGUAUCUACCCGCUUUACAGUGAAGUUACAAGAACAUCUGGCAUAGUCACUGAAACAGCUUGGGGUGGAGCUGCUUGGAACCUCUCUCUGUACAUGUUAGCCAGUCAUGUGAGUUUCCCAGUCACCAGUUAACCAGAUAGUAGGCCCGCGGAUUUUGUCCGAAUGAACCGGCCAAGCCAAAUCAAACCGAAAUUUUUGGUUUUUGGUUCGGUUACUAUUUUGAGUUUGGUUUAGUUCGGCGAGAUUUUGAAAAAUAAUUAUUUUCAGUUCGGU